UCCAAGCUUCCUCACCCACACACACUCUCUCUCUAGGUCUCCUCCUCUCUCUACACUUCGUUAACAACAAAUUCCUCCAAUUUCUCUCAAAAUUCUCCAAAUUCCAAAAUGGGUAUCAGCCUCUCAAACUCCACAUCAAAAACCCACAAAUUCUUCCUCCUCACAAACUACAUCCUCAUCGGUGCCGCCACAAGCUGCAUUUUCCUAGCCCUCUCCCUCCGUCUCCUCCCCUCCCUCAUCGGCUUCCUCCUCAUUCUCCUCCAUCUCCUCACCAUCAUCCUCUCCAUCUUCUCCUCCUCCUCCUCAGCAACCUCAUCAUCCCGGGCCCAUGCAGCCCACAUGGCUGCCACUGUCAUCACCGCCAUUUUCCAAGGUGCCGUCGCCCUCCUCAUCUUCUCGAGGACAGAUGGAUUUCUUGAGAAGAUGAAGUCUUAUGUGCAAGAGGAUGAUGGCGUUGUGAUAUUGAGGAUGGUUGGGGUUUUGGGUUUGGUUAUGUUUGUGCUUGAGUGGGUUGUGUUGGUGUUGGCUUUUGCGAUGAGGUUCUAUAUUCAUGUGGAAGAGGGGCCAAAUGGGAAAGUGCAACAUUUUGGGGAUGAUAAUGCUAAUGUGAGGAAAGAUUGCCAACCAUUUCAAGUUGUUUGAAGGGGGGGAAUUAUGGGGAUUUGGGAUUAAAUUUGGGUAUUGUUGUAAUUUAUAAACUUACAGUUUAUGUUGCUAUGUUAUUGAUUGGUUAUAUGUUUUUUUUUAUAAACUUACAGUUUAUGUUGUUAUGUUAUUGAUGUAUAACUUUUCAGUGGAGGGAUUAUUUGACUUUAUGAUAUGUGAAUUGUGUUUUCUUU